CCAAACAAAUUUUUUGCAAUACAAUUAAAAAUUGUUUUAAAAUAUAAUUAAAGCAUAUUAUUACAUUCCCAAGUGUCUAAAAAGUUUAUUUUAUCAAAAACAUAUAGUAAAAAAAAACAUAAAUUAAAAAGAACUUACUACAAGUUGGCGACUUCGAGGGUCCUUCGUUUAGUAGAAAUCUUGCAUUUAGCUGACAUCUAAACCAUGCCUAAAGUUCGUCGCAGCAGAAAAGCGCCUCCAGAAGGAUGGGAGUUGAUAGAACCAACGCUCGAGGAGCUGGAACAGAAAAUGCGAGAAGCUGAAACUGAACCUCACGAAGGAAAAAGAAAACAGGAAUCCCUAUGGCCUAUCUUCAAGAUUCAUCACCAGAAGUCUCGCUACAUUUACGACCUGUUCUAUCGUAGAAAAGCUAUCAGUCGAGAACUUUAUCAGUACUGUUUAAAUGAGAAAAUUGCUGAUGCUAACCUAAUAGCUAAAUGGAAGAAGAUAGGCUAUGAAAACUUGUGCUGCCUCAGGUGUAUACAGACAAGAGACACAAACUUUGCUACAAAUUGUAUUUGCAGAGUUCCGAAGAGUAAGUUGGAGGAAGGUAGAAUAGUAGAGUGUGUGCAUUGUGGCUGUAGAGGUUGCUCCGGAUAGUUUUAGGACAUUUUUAAGCAUAUUAAUAUAAGAGCUAAGUAAUUUUGGUUUGAUUCUAACUAUAAAUUUGUUGUAUUAAAAUGUCUGCAUGAAAUUUGAAAAAAUAUUUCCUAAUAUUCAAAAAUUG